UUUCGAACCGUAUAGCUGAGCUCAUUUACCAUAUAUGAUCCCCCGCCUUCCAAUUAUCUCUCAUCUUUCUUUACUCCACCCAUCUUCUACAUUACAAACCAACCGCUCCGCUCCAGCAGCAACAUCCCGCAUCCAAACCACAUCCAUCAUGUCAGACAACGGCGGCACCAAGACGGCCAAGGCCAGCGUCCGCCAGGGUUGGAAUGAUAAGGAACUGGUACUCAUACACCAACUACACACCACCCAUCCACAUACUAACUCUCCCCAGCUCGUCUGUCUCCUCAACGUCAUCGAGCACUCCGGCGUCGCCCUCGACUUCAAGGUACAUCUCAGCCGCUCCCCAAACCGUCGGAUUCACACACUAACACGGUACCAGGGCGCCCCAUAUCCACCGGGUCGCACGGCAUCGGGCUUCUCGCAGAAGAUCCAGGCGUUGCAGAAGACUCUGAAGCCCGAGUUUGACGCCAUGAAAGCCGGCGUGCCGUUCGAAGGCGCUGCUACUGCUGCUUCGACGCCGAAGAAGAAUGCUACGCCGCGCAAGCGGAAGGCGAAGGCUGACGAGGGUGGCGAUGCUGAGGGUACUCCUGCUAAGAAGCGGGGUCGUGCGAAGAAGGCUGAUCUUGUCGUCGAGUCGGAGCUGGAGGUUGAGAUGGAUAUCAAGCCUGAGGUUGUGGAUGAGGAUGGUGUUGAUGAUGAGAUCUUCUGAGUUGCUGGGAAGCGAUGGCUCGGGGUUUGGUUGUGGGGCAAUGCUUGUGCAGUCUUGGAUGGGG